AUGCACUUCAUCAACAAGGUCUCUGUCGCUCUGCUGGCCUCGCUGGCUGCCUCGGGUGAGGCUACCCAUCAGGGUCUGCAUGCCCGUCGCUUCAACCCCCGUGCUGUUAACGGCACUUCCUCGGUGCUGGUCACCCCGACUCCCCUGCACUCGUCCACCCCCUCCGUCUCGCCCUCGAGCAGCAGCGUGGUGGUGAGCUCCCGGGUCUCCACCCCUCUGGUCACCGGCAGCCAUGGCUCCGGUGCUCAGCCCACUGGCUCGGGCGAUGUCACCCUCACCUACACCCUGGGCACGGGUACCUCGACCAGCGUGGUGACUACCACCGUCCACCGCACCACUACGGACUACCACACCGUCACCGUCGAGCCUGUUCCCACCAGCUCCGAUGCCUGCAACGGCGCUACUGUGACCGUGACCGAGACCGAGACCGUCACUGUGGGUGCUGGUCCCACUGACGCCCCCGGCGACAACGGCCACCACUGGGGUGAAGGCCACGACCACGGACACCACUGGGGCGAGGAACACCACCACCACCACGACCAUGACGGCGAGGGCGAGGGCAACGGCGAGGGCUCGACUGUGACCAGCAUCUCGACUGAGGUUCCCACCUCUACCCCGACCCCCUCGUUCUCCCGUCCCGCCCAUGGCAACGGUACCCUUCCAUCCUUCUCGCGUUCCAGCGUCGUGGCCUCGUCCACUGGCUUCGUGACCAGCAGCAGUGCCAAGGGCUCCUACCCCACUGGCUUCCGUCGCCGCUACGUCUAA